AUGUUCCAUGGUACAAACGCCGGAUCCUUCAAAUCAUCGGCGAACGCUGCAUCCCGUGGUCGCGAGGGAAACACCAAAAACUACCAAAACCAGCGGAGUGGUGGAGGUGGUGGUGGAUCCCGUGGUGGUGGCGGCCAGUAUGGAGGCGGCGGUGGGCAGUACGGUGGUGGCGGUGGCUACCACAACGGCGGCAACAACCAGGGCGGUAGCGGCGGCUACCACCCAAACAACAGUGGUGGCGGCGGCGGCUACCACAAUGGUGGUGGUGGCGGCUAUCCUGGUGGGGGUGGCGGCUACUACCAGGGUGCCAUCAACCACAUCACUGGCGAGCUGGACAAGCUGACGAUGCAUGAAAAGUACCGUGGCAAUGACCAAAUCUACACAGCUGCAAAUGGUCCAGGACUAAACAGUGCAGCACAUGGCAUGGAGAAUGGUAAAAAAUUCUGA